GUCGAUGCAGGUGGUAUAUUCUGUGUUGUUGCCUUAGCUGGUCUCAUGGGACGUGUAACAUAAUGCAUUGCUGGUGUUUCUGUGUUUCCUCCUCUAUGUAUACUUGCGGUUGCGGCAACAGCUGCGUAAUUCAGAAUGGGUUUAAAGGUACGCACUUCUUCAUUCAGCAUCCUUGUCUCGCUCUUCCUCUCCCUUCUGUCCAGCUCUAUCUGGCAGCAUUCAAACUGUUUCAUCCUCUUCUCCAUUCUUUCCUGCUGGUUGUACACCCGGUGGAGCAUCGCAUUGGUGCUGAUCGUCUUCUCUCCCGACAUCAUCACCGUUAGCUUGUGUGCUAGAGCCUGCGCUCGUUCUCCGAGUCUCCCUUCACCUGCCGUUGCUCCACUCUUGGUGUACUCCUGCACGGCUGUGAUGGUAUCCUCCAUCAGUUCUUGUAGCUUUGCUUCAUUUUCCCUAAUGUUCAUGCUCGACAUGUGGUCACUCCAGUUCCUCACCGGAGUCCCGAAGAAGUCAUCAUUGUCCCCUUCCCAAUUCCUUUUGGAUCCUGGUACUGCUCUCGGGCGGUCUCUGUCGUUCGGCAGGGCCAUUUUCUUUUUGACGUGACCUUGUCUUGCUCUAGGUGUCUCAUUCAUGGGCUGUGCGAUGCGAUUUUUGCUUUUCGUAGGUGUAGUUUGUAUAUCUUUUGUUAUGGUACUGCCUACGCUAGUUUCUACACCCUCCAUCGUCGCAAAUUUACCUGUGGGAAAAUUAGCCAGAUGGUGGUUUCGGAUCAAGGAGCGGUG